UUCACAAACUGCCCGUCUCGUGCAUGACAGUCAUGUACUGUAGUCGCGUGGUGCUGAUGUGAGGAACUUUGCCGAAUUUACGCUGUUUGCGCGAGCUUUCUCGAGACGCGCCGGGUGGAAAUGAUAUUCGCCGAGGACGCGGGAGACUUUUAACCGUAAGGACAAACAAACCGCCCGUGCUUUCGUCUUGAAAAUAUGAGCUAAUGUUUAUGGAGAUAGUGGAAUGGCUGUGUUGUAAGCGGUGGCUGGAAUGAGCUCGUAAAGGGAGGAGCGCUUCGCCCGGCUCGCCGUACAGGGAGAUGAUGAUGGUGAUAAUGAUGGCAGAGGGAUCCGGAGGAUGCGGCAGACGCGCGUUUCACCGUUUUCUGAAAGGUUAAUGGCAACUGGUGGAUGUUAAAGCCAAGGAACCGGGUUGCUUCAGUAAGCUGACAUCGAUUUCGCUGGAAAUAUGCAAGUGGCGAACACCGUGAUGGAUUUGUAGCGAAAUGCUUUGAGUUUCAAGUGAAACUAGCUGAAUGAUGCCAGAAAGGCCGACAGUCGUGGAUCAGAUAGGUCAAGGUGUGUGAAUAAUGUAGACGGGGCGAGGGCUACAAUGAGUAAAAUUAGAGGAUGCAUAUGCAUUUCAGAGAUGGACACGCAGGGACGGUUUAAUGUGUUUUAAGUGGCACUAAAUGUUGAUAGUGGACCUCAGACUUGAAUCAGGAAUUUGAAAAAUUCACAAAAUUCAUCAAAGGUGUUUUUUGACGUAGACAUCACAGUGUAAAAGCUAGCAAUAUGAUGUGCGAAGUGAUGCCAACCAUAAAUGAGGGGGACUCGGUGAGUUCUCAGAGAGGAUCUCAGAACGGCACGGAUGCCGAGUCUAAUUUUGAACAGUUGAUGGUAAAUAUGUUAGAUGAGAGAGAUAAGCUGCUGGAGUCGUUACGAGAGACACAAGAGACGCUCAUCCAGUCACAGACCAAACUGCAGGAUAUUUUGCACGAGAGAGAUGUGCUACAGAGACAGCUCAACUCCGCCCUGCCGCAGGAGUUUGCUACCCUGACCAAGGAGCUCAAUCAGUGUCGAGAGCAGCUUUUAGAAAAAGAGGAGGAGAUUUCUGAGCUUAAAGCCGAGAGGAACAAUACCAGGCUUCUUCUGGAGCACUUGGAGUGUCUGGUGUCUCGUCACGAGCGUUCGCUGAGGAUGACUGUGGUGAAGAGGCAGGCUCCUCCGCCCUCAGGAGUGUCCAGUGAGGUGGAGGUGCUCAAGGCUCUCAAAUCUCUAUUCGAGCAUCAUAAAGCCCUGGAUGAGAAAGUGCGUGAAAGGUUACGUGUGGCUCUUGAAAGAGUAACUACGUUAGAAGGACAGCUGGCGGCCGCCACUCAAGAGGUGGUCACGUUGAGACAGAAGAAGGAUGGGGAUGUGGAAAGGAUGGACAGCUCUAAACCUACAUGGAAGAGGCUUCCCAAUGGCUCUAUCGAUGCCCACGAUGAUAACAGCAGGUGUGUGGAGCUCCAGGACCUGCUGGAUAAAGCCAAUAAAGAGCUGUCCCAAAACAGAGAGCGGAUCACCAGCUUGACCGGCCGAAUGACCGAGCUGGAGACUGAACUGGCCACUGCCCGCAAAGACCUGCUAAAGAGCGAAGAAAUGAGCGCCAAACACCAGAGAGACAUCCGCGAGGCGAUGGCACAGAAGGAGGACAUGGAGGAGCGAAUCACAACAUUAGAAAAACGUUACCUGGCCGCCCAGAGGGAAACCACCUCCAUUCACGACCUGAACGACAAGCUGGAGAACGAGCUGGCCACCAAGGAUUCACUUUACAGACAGAGCGAGGAGAAGGUACGACACCUCCAGGAACUACUGGAGUUGGCGGAGCAGCGGCUACAGCAGACCAUGAGGAAAGCCGAAACUCUGCCAGAGGUCGAAGCUGAACUUGCCCAGAGAGUAGCGGCUCUUACCAAGGCAGAGGAACGUCAUGGCAACAUUGAGGAACGUCUGCGGCAACUGGAGACCCAGCUGGAGGAGAAGAACCAAGAGUUGGGCAGGGCUCGGCAAAGGGAGAAGAUGAAUGAGGAACACAACAAGCGUCUGUCUGACACCGUGGACCGUCUCCUCACUGAGUCCAAUGAACGCCUUCAACUUCACCUGAAGGAGCGCAUGGCUGCGCUGGAGGACAAGAAUGCACUCAUCCAUGAUCUGGAGAAUUCCCAGAAACAACUGGAGGAGUUCCAUCACAAUAAGGAGAGGCUGAUUGGGGAGAUUGAGAAGUUACGAGCAGAACUCGAUCAUAUGAAGCGCAGGAGUGCUGUGUUUGGAGACGGAUCACACCCCAGGUCUCAUCUUGGCAGUGCCACAGAUCUGCGCUUCUCAGUGGUGGAAGGUCAGGGUGAUCAUUACUCCUCCACAGGUGUCAUACGACGGGCUCAGAAAGGUCGAAUGAUGGCACUCAGGGAUGAACCCACAAAGAUCCUUCCAAUGGUGGAGCAGGACUGGGAUCGCUCUCAACCUUCCAGCUUGCGAGCCAGUCGUACUCAUUUGAUGGGCAGCGACACCGAGCUGUCCGAUUUGGACGACGAGGACCGGGACACCAUCUUUAGCUCAGCCGAUAUGCUGUCCCCCAGCGGGCACUCGGACGCCCAGACGCUCGCCCUUAUGCUGCAGGAACAGCUGGAUGCUAUCAAUGAGGAGAUUAGGAUGAUCCAGGUUGAGCGUGAAACAGCAGAGCUGCGUGCAGAUGAGAUUGAGAGUCGUGUGAACAGCGGCAGUAUGGACGGCCUCAACGUGACCCUACGGCCUCGCUCCACCAUCCCCACCUCAGUUACAGCCCUCUCCCUGGCCAGCUCCUCUCCUCCAGUUAGCGGCCGGUCCACUCCCAAAAUGACGUCUGGUUCAAUGGCACAUGAAUUAGGCAUCAUGACCCUGCCUAGUGAUCUAAGGAAACACCGCAGGAGAGUCGCUUCCCCGGUGGAGACUCGAGAGGAUAAGGCCACCAUAAAGUGUGAGACAUCACCCCCUUCAUCCCCACGCAGUCUCAGACUCGACCAAAUGAACUUCGCUCAGCUAACAGGAAGUCUGGAGGAUGGCCGAGGUGGAAACAAAAAGAAGGGCAUAAAGUCGUCCAUUGGCCGUCUCUUUGGUAAGAAAGAAAAAGCGCGUUUAGACCAGCCAAUGAGCAGGGACGGCCAGAUGACACCACCUGUUAUUCCAGAUUUCGAGAUGGGUAUUGGCGACACCAUGACUUUGAGCAAACUGGGCACCCAGGCAGAGAGAGACCGCAGGAUGAAGAAAAAACACGAGCUGCUGGAGGAUGCCAGGAGGAAAGGACUUCCUUUCGCUCAGUGGGACGGUCCAACCGUCGUCUCUUGGCUCGAGCUGUGGGUGGGCAUGCCUGCCUGGUACGUGGCGGCGUGUCGCGCUAACGUGAAGAGCGGCGCGAUCAUGUCGGCGCUGUCAGACACAGAGAUUCAGCGAGAGAUAGGCAUCAGUAACCCACUACAUCGGUUAAAGCUAAGGCUGGCCAUUCAGGAGAUGGUUUCACUAACAAGUCCUUCAGCUCCGUUGACCUCACGCACAUCUUCCGGAAAUGUGUGGGUGACUCACGAGGAGAUGGAAAACAUGGCAACCUCCUCUAAAAUGGAGAAUGAGGAAGGAAGUUGGGCUCAGACGCUAGCAUAUGGUGACAUGAACCACGAAUGGAUUGGGAAUGAGUGGCUGCCCAGUCUGGGUCUGCCUCAGUACCGCAGCUACUUCAUGGAGUGCCUGGUGGAUGCUCGGAUGCUGGACCACCUUACAAAGAAAGACCUGAGGACACACCUGAAGAUGGUGGACAGCUUUCACCGAGCUAGUUUGCACUAUGGCAUCAUGUGUUUAAAAAGACUUAACUAUGACAGGAAAGAGUUAGAACGAAGAAGAGAAGAUUUUCAACAUGACCUCAAAGAUACUCUGGUGUGGACCAAUGAUCACGUGAUGCAGUGGAUUCAGAAUAUCGGUUUGAAGGAAUACAAUAAUAACCUGCUGGAAAGCGGAGUGCACGGAGCUCUCAUCGCCCUCGAUGAGACCUUCGACUUCAGCAGCUUGGCCCUUAUUCUGCAAAUUCCCAUGCAGAACACACAGGCCAGGCAGAUACUGGAGAGGGAGUUCAAUAAUCUCUUAGCAUUGGGCACGGACCGGCGUUUGGAAGAGUGUGAUGACAAAUCAUUUCGGAGGUCUCCAUCAUGGCGUAAGCGUUUCAGGCCAAGAGAUGGCCAGGGUCUGGGUAUGAUGGCAGGCUCCAUAGAGACUCUUCCCGCUGGCUUCCGCCUCAGCACCAUGUCCAUUCCUCAUUCCAUGACUGCUGUGCCCAAGAAACAGCUGCAACCAGAAGCAGCCGGUCCCCCGGCCCCGCAGAGACUAGACCCUUCAGCUGUCAGGACUUAUUCCUGCUAACUUGCUUUUACUAAUCACUGUACUCACACUAACAGUGCAUUCCCACUACCUGUAUGGACACGUGCUUGCGGCCUUUCGAGAAUGACAUGCCAAAUUUCUGGGGACAUCUUGAAGGGACGAGGGAGGGUGGGAUCGCCUCCGCCCCUCCCCUUUCCUGAAUGACACACCCGAGCUUUCUUGGACACCGUGCAAUAGAGGGGGGAGCAGAGAGAUUCCGAUCUGGAGGGCAUCGAACGCAUAGCACCCGUAAACGAGAUAUCUUGUCAUAUCGGUCGUUUCCCAGUAAUCCCAGUUAUAUAGUCUUCGUGGUGGUCGUACUUAACUGGUGUACUUGGCCCUGUAGUCUGUCAGUGCUAGUCUGUUCCUUUGGGUGUGGCAUUUUACUGUACAAGGCUUCCCCCUUUGGUUAUGCAAAAUAUUAAUCAACGUCUCUGUAUAUAUAAAAAGAGAAAAUUAUGCUAUUAUGUUUUUUAUGAAAAAUAUAUCAGACUUGUAUAUGGAGAUGAAUAUAUCAUUAUUAUAUGAAUUUUGAAGUUUUCUGUCAUUUAGACAGCUCUACAGUAUCUGCUAGAACAGUGUUACUGUAAACGUGUAGUCGGUGACUGGAGAGCGGUGUGUCUGUGUUCACAUCAACAGUGCUGAUCCACAACAUAGGGUUCACUUUUUAAAAAUUGCCAAUGACACCAAGAUGCUAAAAAAUGGUCAAGGAAAGCAAUAGACUUGAAGAUCUACGACAUGAAUUUUCUUUUUCUUGAACACAUGAUCGUCAUGAGAGCCAGUUAUUCUCGAUCAGCCUAGCUUCGAACAAAGCAACCAAAUUAUGAGCGUACGUCAGACUGUCGGGCAUUUCCCAGACAAAAUUUUCUGUAUAAAUCAUAUGAUGUAUCGUGCAAUUGUGGCAGCUACUGUACUGUAUGUGUAAAUGUAUGUAUGUGUAUUUUAAGUGUUAUACAAUGCUGACAAAUCAUUGUUCUUACUUUAAAAAGUGCUCUAUAUUAAAAAAAAGUAUUAUUAUAA